AUGGCCUCGGGCAUAGUAGCCUAUAGGAUGCUGGCACUCCUAGUGUUGCUCCAAUGCCAGACGGCGCUUGCAUCAGGCUGUAACCAAGUAUACUGCCGACUGUCCGUCUGCGCUCCAAAUGCCGACGAAGCGUACAACGUGGCAAGCCUUGGGCUCGUGGGCAUAAUGGGGCCCGACUGCGCAAGCUGGGAGACCAACUCACCGACCGAUGAAGGCCGAGAAAGCUGUGCAGAGGGCUUAACAACAUUCAGCGGUGGCUUUCACAUAUGGCGAGCGUGGAAUGCGAUGGGGGACGACUACUCGGCUACUUUUGCUCAAUGGGGCAAUUUCCUCGGUGCCACCUGUACAGGCGGGAAAACUGUGAAAUGCGAGCCCAAGUCGGCAGGGUAUCCUAAUCCUGUCACUGGCAGGUGCCAGCUCAAGCAAUGGUGA